AGUUUCAUAGAAAACGCGCAAAUCUGGUCUGCAAAUCAGCUGUAUCUUCCGAUUGUCCAUUUGUCUCCUUUCACCAUUUUCAUCUCCAUCUCUAAUGGCAUGGCAAUCUCUCUACACUCCCUCACACUUUCUCUCUUUCUCCUCAUCACUCUCAUCUUCUUCCUCUCAAUCCCUUUUACUCAAUCCUCACUGAACCCAUUAACUCCUCACAGAACCCUCUUCACAAACCCUUGCUCAAUCCUUUCUAACAAUGGCGGAUUCCUUAACUACCUUUCUCUCCAUACCUGCGUCUUUCAUUCAAACCCCUUUUACUCUCUUCCUAUCCUCUUCCUUUUCCUUUUUCUUCACUUCUAUAUCCUCAUCAAAACCGCUCAAACCCACUUCUCAUUCAUAGUCACAACACUCUCUUCACAGCUUUCUCUCUCUCCUUCAAUGGCAGCUGUUACCCUAUUAGCUCUCGGGAAUGGCGCCCCUGAUGUUUUUUCAUCGGUUGCUGCUGUUGCUAGUGGAAAUCCACGCACUGGGUUUGGAGCUAUUUUAUCAGCGGGGACUUUUGUGUCGGGUUUUGUUGUUGGAUUUGUGGGGAUUUAUGCGGCACCGUUUUGUGUUGAUCCCUCGUCGUUUGUUAGAGAUGUGUUGUUCUAUCUGAUGGCUGCUUUUCUUCUUUUUUAUGUUUAUUUAAGUGGGGAGUUGUAUUUUUGGCAGGCUGUUGGAUUUGUUGGGUUUUAUGUAUUCUUUGUUGCUUUUGUAUUUUGGAUGGAUUUUGGUAGUAGGAGUAGAAAAGUUGAAGAUGCUGAGGCUCAUACUAGUGAAGAAGUAUUAUUAGAUUCUAAAAAGGUUGAUCACAUUCAUGUACAUAGUCCGGUGCUUUUCACAUCUUUGAAGAAGAUCUCAAAUAUGUGGGAGACUCCAGUUUCUGUGCUCUUGAAGCUGACAAUUCCCCAAACUUCACCAUCUGAAUGGAGCCGGUUUUAUCAGUCGGCUAAUAUUGCUCUUUGCCCUCUGGCACUUCUUUAUUCUUGCAAGUCAUUCAUGCCCAUGGAUCAUCCUGUCAGAUUUUUGAUUCCCCAAAUGCAUCUUCCUUUAUGGUUAGUGGUACUCUUCUCAAGCUCCUCUUUAGCGAUUCUCCAUUACAUUGUCGAAAAGAAACCUCCCAAAACCGAGCAAAUCCACAUUGUGUUAGUGGCAUUUGUGAUGAGUGUUUUCUGGAUAUCCAAUGUGGCCGGAGAACUACUCAAUUGUCUAGCAGCCUUGGGAAAGAUUCUCAACUUGCCACCCACAAUUCUCGGGCUAACAGUACUAGCAUGGGGGAACUCGGUUGGCGAUCUUGUUGCUGAUGUGGCUGUUGCAAAAGCAGGACAACCUGCAUUAGCCAUGGCGGGUUGCUUUGCGGGUCCAAUGUUCAAUAUGCUCGUAGGACUUGGAACAGCUUUAGUAAUACAGACAGCCAAGGUCUAUCCUGAACGUUAUGUGCUCCAUUUCCAUGUCAGUAUUGUGAUAGCAUUUGUUUUCUUGUUUUUGAGCUUGAUGGGGUCACUUCUAGUGGUGACUUGGUCAAGAUUUCGGGUUCCAAGAUUCUGGGGUUUCUGUCUUGUUGGCCUCUAUGUUUGUUUCAUAUUUGUGAGCUUAAUAAUAGCCAAGUUUUGGACUUAAAAUCACUUUUGCUUACUGUAAAUUGUGGUAUGUAAUUCUAUGAAGGAGGGUAUAUACAUAACAGUGACACAAAUCUGAAUCUGAUGAUUCAAACCAGGUGGAAAUUCAAUCAAAAUUACUAGAGGUGUACAUCUACGUUUUCAGGCAGGUUUCGGUUAUGAUAUCUGGGGUCUAGUUAAUUCGGUUCUUGUGUAUAUGUAAAAAUCUUGACAAUCUGAUUUGAUUUUUGUACGUAGGUGUUACGGGUUGAGUCGAGUCUAGGUCAAUUUCGGUUAUUUGAGUCAGUAUUGGACAGAUCUAGACAUAACACAUCAGCUCAUAUGUGCAUAAUCAUCGAUCAGAACUAAGAGCCAAAGAGAAGCAGCAAUGUCACUGGCUACCCUCUUCCACUGCAGAGUAUAAUUGAAAUUAUGUUUUCCCCCGGCCCCUCAUAUUGGUGGAUUUUGAUCCUCCAAAAUUGACAGCGUAUAAACUUUUAUCUUACUAGAUAGUUCUGAUACACAAUUUCUUGGGAGAACCGUCACUUUGAGAGAUUAUCUUUAAUUGGGCUAACUUAUUAUAUAUUUUUUUGAAAUAUUAUUAAAAGGCAUUAAAAAUAAUGUAAGUAGAUAUUUAAAAUAUUGUAAGUAAGCAUUAAGGAUAAUAUAAGUAGGCAUUUAAAAUACAAUAAGUAGGCAUUUAGUUUUAAUGGGUUGGACCUGAGAGACGAUCUCUCAAGAGACUAGCUAGUUCUGAAUUCUGAUAACUGCUUAUAGACAACACUGUAGUCUGUAAAGUAUGUUGUCCAACUAUGGGUGUUCAACGAGCUGCUUCUCCAUUUUGGGCCCUUGUGUGACCCCUUUUUAGAAGGAUUUUAUAAGGGCUGGGACAGAAAAUAGCCCUGUUAUAAAUUUGUGAUUAAAAUAAAGCGGGCUAUAAAAAAGUUUAAUAAGGGUCGUAAACGGAUUUUUUUAAAUGGCAUAAUUUAUAGAUAAUU